AAACCUGCAUGAUUCUGUUCUCUUUCAGAAGAGGCCAUAUUUUUAUUAUGUCGGGAAGCUACUAUUUUGUAAUUGUAGGUCACCAUGAUAAUCCUGUAUUUGAAAUGGAAUUUCUACCAGCUGGUAAAGUAGAAUCUAAGGAUGACCAUCGCCACUUGAAUCAAUUCAUAGCUCAUGCUGCUCUUGACCUAGUAGAUGAAAACAUGUGGUUAACAAAUAAUAUGUACUUGAAGACUGUGGAUAAAUUUAAUGAAUGGUUUGUUUCUGCCUUUGUCACUGCAGGCCAUAUCCUUUUUUGUUGCAAUGCUAUAAGAACAUUUCAGAAUAGAGAUGGAAAGCCUAUGGCCUCCCAAAUGUUCAUAAACUACGAUUUUCCACAUUUCUUACCAUGA